AUGCCGCCGGCGGUGGCCGCGGCGUCGGCGCCGAUGCGCGGCGGCGAAGGCGCGAAGGUCACGGCGCGGCGCCCGGGCCGCACGCUGGCCGGGCGCCGGCGCCGGGCUGCCGUGCUGCUCCUCGCGCUAUCGUACGCAGCAGCUAUGCUCAUGCUAUUCCUAUGCGCUGGCGGCUCGGGUCUGAGCAGUGCCGGUGGCAGCGGCUUGGUGGACCGCCGGCCGGCGGCGGCAGCCCCACCCGGGUCGGUGUACCGCAGCCACCUCGUGUUCGAGCGUCUCCUGCCGGACAUGCGCGCCUCUGUGUUGCGUCCUAACCCUUUAAUGACAACGCGUUACAAAAAAUCUGGGAAGCGAUGGGUACCUUGCAUCAGCAAGAGGAUGGCACAAUCAGCGCUACCACCUUCAAAUGGUUUUCUCGUAGUUGAGGCAAAUGGUGGCCUGAAUCAGCAACGUAUUUCUAUUUGCGAUGCUGUUGCUGUGGCCAGCUUACUUAAUGCAACUCUUGUCACCCCAGCUUUUCAUUUGAAUAGUGUUUGGCGUGAUUCUAGCAAAUUUGGUGAUAUCUUUGAUGAAGAACAUUUUAUUAAGACACUCCAAAAACAUGUAAGGGUUGUCACAGAACUUCCUGAAGAUGUUUCUGCGCAGUUUGACCAUAAUAUCAGCAAUAUACCGAAUAUGAGAACUAAAGCCUUCUCAUCUCACAGUUACUACCUAGAGAAGGUGCUUCCCAAAAUGUUGGAGCUAGGAGCUGUGCGUAUUGCUCCUUUCUCAAAUAGAUUGGCUAAUUCAGUUCCAUCAAAUAUCCAUGCGUUGAGAUGUUUGGCAAACUAUGAGGCAUUGAGAUUUUCUGUACCCAUAAGAAUUCUUGCAGAUAAUAUGGUUGGCCGAAUGAUCAAGAAGAGUUCUUUGACUGGUGGGAAGUACAUGUCUGUGCAUCUUCGCUUUGAAGAGGAUAUGGUAGCUUUCUCAUGCUGUAUAUAUGACGGUGAUUGGAAGGAGAAUAUUGCAAUGGAAAAUGCCCGUGAAAGGAGCUGGAGAGGGAAGUUUCACCGACCUGGUCGAGUGAUAAAUCCUGAGGCUAACCGGAGGAAUGGGAGAUGUCCUUUAACUCCUCUAGAGGUUGGAAUGAUGCUGCGCGGCAUGGGAUUUGACAAUACUACCUCCCUCUAUGUUGCCUCCGGUAAAAUAUACAAUUCUAAAAAGUAUAUGACUCCUCUUCGCCAGUUGUUUCCACUUUUACAAACAAAGGAAACACUCACUUCAGCUGAGGAGCUUGCACAAUUCAAGGGGCAUUCGUCUAGACUGGCAGCAUUGGACUACACGGUCUGUCUACAGAGCGAAGCAUUUGUAACAACUCAAGGAAGCAAUUUCCCUCAUUUCUUGAUGGGGCACAGGCGUUAUCAGUAUGGAGGGCAUGCAAAGACAAUAAAACCGGAUAAAAGGAAAAUGGUGCUGCUCUUUGAUAACCCAGACAUCAGAUGGGAUCGGUUCAAGCACCUCAUGCAGGAUAUCCGUCGCCAUAGUGAAUCGAAAGGUUUCGGGUUCAGGAAACAUGAUGGUUCGAUAUACAACCUUCCGAUGCCUGAAUGCAUGUGUCAGCAAGCUGAAGCAUGA